AUUUUUUAACCUUCGUCACUCGUAAAACAAUGUCGUGGCUCUUCAAAUCUCGCGGCGAUGAAGACGAUCCCGAACCUUCUUCUCCCACCACUACUCACGGCGGUGUUAAAGAAGAUCUAUCUUCCUUACUCCGCGGCGUUGCAGCUUUCUUAGCACCGCCUCCGUCUGCUUCUCCUGUAGAAGAACGCCACCGUUCAUCUGAUUCACCAACUCAGCAAGCACUCGUCGGGAUCCGCAACGAUCUGGCUGAGAUUCGUGGGAAUUUCACAAAUUUCGCAUCGAAUUUGCUUCAGUUCCCUAGUAAAAGUAAUAGCAGUAGUAAAAGAUCUGUGUUUGAGGUUGAGGGUUUGGAUCAAGUUCCUGGGAUUUCUGAAGAAGUUGUCGAUUUCGCGAUUAAAAUCGCUACGAGACCAGGUUGCUGGACAGAUUUUCCAUUGUCACUCAAUACGGAAUUCGAAUUGUCUGAGGCUCAGAAGGCACAUGCAUCAGCCAUUGAACAUCUGGUUCCUGACCUUGUAGCUGUGAAGAAUGAAGUUAGCAGUUACAUGGAUGAUGAACACUUCUGGCUGAUUUAUUUUAUUUUGCUGAUGCCGAGACUGAAUGGACAUGAUUUUGAACUCUUAGCAACCUGCAAGGUAUUUGAAACAAGGGAUCAACUUUUACUAAAGCUGCAAAACAAAGAGACAGGGUCAAGCAAGAGCUCUGUUGGUCACGAAACUCCUGAAGAAGGCAGCAGCAGUAAGGCAACAAAAACCGUGGAGGGAGUCAUCGACAAUAUAGAGACACUAAAAAUUGAACAGAGAGAGACAAGUGAUGAAUCAUCUGAAGAAAGACGAAGGAGUUUCAGAGAUGAAGAAGUAAUCUCCUUUAGUGAUUUAGAUGUAGACGACCUCUCAGAGAAGCCAAGUUCCAACAAGAGUACACUGAAACGACCAGCAUCAAACGCAAGCGGUUCAAGCUGGGUUCAGCUCAGCAAGAGUCAAGCUGGACAUAGCAAGGACUCCGAAGGUGAUUCCAGUGACUGGCUUCCGGUUGGCGAUUCUGAUUAAUGUUGAAGGUAUAAAUUGGUGAUAUUACUUGUAAAGUUGUGACUAUUGAACUAAAACCUAGCACAUUUUUAGUAAUAAAAGUCUUACUGUGUAGUAACUGAAUUGGCUUA